AUGGAUCCCGGAAGCAGUCGACCCGAUCGAAUCCCCAGUGAGGACGGCUCAUGCAGAGAUUGUAUUAUUGAUGUUUUUGGUCCUUCGGGGUGUGAUUGGUCCAAUGACCGUAAGGGAGAAGAAAUUUCAGUGAAAGAGGCACUAGAAUUGAUGACCCAAACACUGGAUUCUCGACUUGAAGUGGGAUUGAUCGCGGGGUGGGACAACAAAACAGAGCACCCUGUUUUGUGUCGGGUGGAUAAUAUGGGAGGACUGGCUACAGGGGAAAUACUGGCCACCGGAUCUCGAUUGCAACUAUUGUAUGAUUUUCUGGACUUGAAUUGUCCGAAUAACGUUAUCAAGUUUGGGAUGGACGAUGAGUCUCAGAUGGAAAAGUAUACGGAAUGGUGUCGUUGGUCUGUUAAUGAAGCCGCUAAGAUGGCCCUGAAAGGGAUAUGUUAUGUGGCCAGUUUUGUUGUAUUAGUUUACUGA